UAAGAUUACUGUAUUUACUUCACAAACAACUGAAGAAAGUCAUCAACUUAAAGUUGACAGAAUGAUGAUGAAUUACACCAACCAAACAGAGGACGUCCUCCUCUCCUGCUACAGUCCUUCAGUUGUCGGCUAUCACUACGUUGCUGUGCUGUGGGGAUGUGCUGUGACCAUCAUAGGUACGGUGGGGAACCUGAUGACCAUUCUAGCCUUCGCCAUAGAUCCUCAUCUGAGGACGCGUUUCAACGUGCUCAUCGUCAACCUGGCUCUAGCUGAUCUCCUGCACUGCACCAUACUGCAGCCCAUCUUAGUUGACUCCUAUCUACACCUCAGAUGGCGCACUGGUCUGGUGUGCUGCAGAACUGUCGGCCUGCUCGUCUUCCUCUCCAUCUGUGUCUCCAUUAUCACCCUCUGCCUGAUAGCAGUAGGCAGAUAUCUACUGGUCGCAAAGAGAGCUGUGUUUGACCGUGUCUUCUCUGACCUUGGUCUUUCUUUACUAAUCAUCUCAGCAUGGACACUAGGCCUGGCCAGCCUUGGUCCACUAUGGCCUGGUUACGUGUUUGUGCCAAAGGUGUGCUUAUGUAGUAUUGAUGGGAAGACGUACCAUCCCUACCCCACCAUCCUGCUCAUUUUCUACUUUUUUUUCGGUCUGGGAUGUGUUGGUAUAUUCUACCUCCUCAUCUACAGACGUGUCCGGAUGACAUCACUAGCUCUACUCCGCUAUAGGUUCAGCCGCCGAUCCUCCAGGAAGAAACCAGCUUCUCCAGCACAAGACACCAAUGACAGUGGAGUGGAGAGCAGUGUGGUCAACACAUGUAGCUGUGAGAUGAGCUGCCAGGCAGAACGAGCCCGAACCACAGAUGAGAUCAAUUGGGAAAAGUCGUCCCAGUCUACUCACAGCUCUGCCACAACUGAAUCAGCAACCAAGUCUCCCCCUGAUAUCAUCGAAACCUCACCUUCACCUUCACCCUCACCUGCUCCAACUAAUGCAGCCUCCUCGUCCCACUGCACAGCCUCAAGAGAUGAUAAGGAAAUGAAGCAUGUGACACAAAUGUGUUUAGCUGUUUUCCUGGGUUUUGUGUUUUGCUUUGCCCCUUACCUGUUAAUCAACAUAGCCGACGAACAUAACCGUGCCCCACGGGUUUUGUAUAUGUUCUGUAGAAACCUCACCUGGCUCAACAGCUGUAUCAACCCUGUGCUCUAUGCCGUCAUGAACAGACAGUUUCGACAGGCCUACCAUGUGCUGCUCACCAGGGCUGCUGCACCAUUCACCUGCCUGUGGAUGUGAAGGUCAUCUCUUUAGGCACCGAACCUCCUGGAAUUGAAAAAGACAGAUCACCAAAAAUAUACAUAGAAACAUUCCUCCAAGUGGAUUGCUAUUGGUUCAUCUAGAUAGUUUUGGUGUAAGCUGAUGAUUCAGGAGAUAUGGGCAAAAGAGAUGCCUGCCAUUCCCCCUCCAUUCUGCAAAAUAUGACUCCGUACAUGCCUAAAAAGCCCCCAUCUCUGAUUCCAUAUUGUUCAUGUAACUUCUUACAAUUCAUUACCUAAGUAAAGCAUCAGUGUGAACAAAAAUUGCGUACAAGGUUAGACACUUCAGUUAUGUGUCUGUGUCCUAAAGGGAUUAAGUCACUACCAACUUCAGUAGUUCUGCAUUUGCUUACAUUUUCACACUUGGGCAUGCACGUAAUGGUCUAUAUUUACUCCAGUGUGACAGACACAGGAAGUGUAUGUGCAACAGGAAAAGGUACAAUAACCACAUGGCAUUAAAGCAUUAAGUCUCAUGUGCCCAUCAUUAAUUUAAUAUCAUAGCUGCAGUUAGGGCUGGGUGGUAAAUCAGUAAAAAUCAUUAAUUCGAGUUUGUUGUUUAGGACGAUUUAAAAAAAUUAAAAUCGAUGUACUCUUUAACUUGCUCCGCCGCCGCUCCACAUGCCCUUAGCUCAUAGUGAGCUCUGCCCUCCCCCAGCAUUUAUGUUUCAUACAACAACAUUGCAGCAAGCCAAGAGUUCAUUCCUAUAAAGGCACCGUCUCGUUACUAGUUGGGUUCUGUAUUAGACCUCGAACAAACGACAGUCCAUAGACCAACCCAUUUAUUUCAGCAUCUCAUACAGACGCAUGUAUCAGAGUGGGACACUUGUUGUUCACUACGAGAUGCACAGGAGAGCGGCAGCCCCCAAAUACCCACUAAAAAGAGCCAACAUCAGCGGAAUCAUUUAAUCAUUGCGUCACAUAUGACAAGAAAGGGGCUUGGUGGACAGUUUUUAUGGAUGCAGUCAUGUUGCUAAAGAUAUGGUGCCCAUACAUACCGUGGGAAAAGCCGGAGGUUCAUCCACAUACUGAAAAUGUUCGACCCCAGGUUUGUGCUAUGAAGCAGCAAGGGGGCAUGUCUCAAGCCAGAGGUGGUAGACAUGUUCAGCUUCCUUGCCAAAAAUGUGUAAAAUAGACAGAAAAUAGACAUUUGAUGAAAGUUAUGUUCACACUUUAUCAAUCCCAAUGGGGAAAUUGAUCUGUUUUUAUAAAAACAAGCAAUCUGACAUGAUAAAUUUAUGUUUACAAAAGCAUUUUAUCAAAGAGGGGCACAUUUCUUUCAAGUGAGUUUGAAGCUGUACUAUUUAAAAUGACAAGGCAAUUUUGUGUGCAAUAAAAGCAUUAAAAUAAACCAAAUGUGGAAAAACUAUGUUUUUGGUUAUACAAAAAAGAAAAUGUCCUGUGGAAAAUUACACAAGAUCUCUCUUCCUGAUUUUAGACACGACACGGAAAAUCCCUGUUGAACACC